UGAAUAACUGGUGCUCUCUUCCCACCUGCGAGCUUCUUGGGACCUGUGCACUGUCAAGUAACCUGUGAAUGCUAGCUGUACCUAGCAAGCUUUUCAUGGGUCCGGCUUGUUAAUCUUCCCCUCCUGCUCUUUCACUUCCCUUCGCCUGCCGCCUCGGCUAUCCUGCGGGGUCUUCUUUCUGGACCUCCGCUCAGACCUUUGAUCUGGUGUUCAAGUAAAUCGCGUCCACAUUCAAAGCUUUCUUCGGAAAUUGGCUUCAAAUGACGGGGAGUCUUACCUCGGCGCUGGCCGAGUUGAGUCUAAACUCGCAGAGUCUUAGCGGACCGGCCUUUGACGCACGGCUUGCCGAAGAGGAAGCUGGUGUCUACAAGAACUGCAAACCUCGACAAAGAGCUCGGCAGGAUGCUGCUGAUCUCAAGGAGGAGCUGGAGCGAGACUUUCUUACUCCUUCCUCUCAAUUCAGUCCCGAAUGGCUGAACCGUCUGCAAAGGAAAUGGGAUGUCUCAACGGACUACACCGACCUUUUUGAAGUCGCAGGUACUCAAACACGGACCAUCGUUCGGUUUGAUCGUGAUGGCCUUGAAGGGCGUGUUACUGGUUACCAUGAAGUAACCGUCCCCGCCACCAGUGCAAAUGCCAAAAACUCGACGUCUCUACUCCGCCGGCCAGCUGGCCGUGCAGACUUUGUGAGGGGCGCGGCAGGGUUCUUCCCGUUUGCUCCAGGUGGGUUAGAUGGUGUCGAAGCGAUUGCUGAGAUGGAGUCUGAGGCCCAAACGACGGAGCACUCUAGAACCAGUGGCAAGCAAUCGGGUCUUGAUCGCAUCAUCAACUUUGGUGCUGAAGGAGGCCUCUUGGAGAUUGCCCCUGGGUUUUCUCGGGGCCUGAAGUUCGAGCAGGCCAAGUCUAAAGAGGCUGCAGAGGGGGAUCAGGAAGUAGAACACGCUCUGCAGCAGGAAGAGAGCGAUCUCCACGUCGAGCAAGAUGAGACUGCCUCAGACGCCGGAGGCGUCAAGAUCGAGGACGAAGCAGAGCUCAGCGACGAGGAAGACAUUGAUUCUUUGCUGCCUGUAGAGUUCCCAGCACUGGAGCCCCACGCGCCGCUACUCGCAGGCGUCCAGCAAAGGAAAACUGGUAGGGAAUGGGGUCAUGUCGUUGAUGUCAACAAGGAGAUUUCCAACUUCCGUGACCUGGUCCCUGACAUGGCUCGCGAGUGGCCAUUCGAGUUGGACACCUUCCAAAAAGAAGCUGUCUAUCAUCUCGAAUGUGGUGACUCUGUGUUCGUCGCUGCCCAUACGUCGGCUGGCAAAACCGUUGUCGCCGAGUAUGCCAUUUCUUUAGCCGCAAAGCAUAUGACGAAAGCCAUUUACACAUCACCCAUCAAGGCCUUGAGUAACCAGAAGUUCAGGGACUUUAGAACCGAGUUUGAUGAUGUUGGUAUCUUGACAGGCGAUGUUCAGAUCAACCCGGAAGCAAGCUGCCUCAUCAUGACCACUGAGAUCUUACGAAGCAUGCUUUACAGAGGAGCUGACCUGAUCCGAGAUGUGGAAUUCGUGAUUUUCGAUGAAGUGCAUUACGUCAAUGACCUUGAAAGAGGCGUUGUUUGGGAAGAAGUUAUUAUCAUGCUUCCCGAACAUGUCACUUUGAUCCUCCUGUCUGCCACCGUUCCCAACACCUAUGAAUUCGCCUCCUGGGUUGGUCGCACGAAGAAGAAGGACAUCUACGUCAUCUCCACUGCCAAGAGACCUGUUCCACUUGAACAUUACCUCUGGGCCGGUAAGGGGAAGUACAAGGUCGUCGAUUCGAACAAACGGUUCCUUGAGAACGGGUGGAAAGAGGCUGACGAGAUUAUUUCCGGCCGAGACAAAGUCAAAGCUCAGAAGGCGGCCGAGGCCCAAGCCCAAUCGCAAGCGAGCAGAGGAGCUCCUCAGGGCCGAGGACGUGGACAACAAGCUGGUGGGCGAGGUGGUGCCCCUCGUGGCAACUCGCAACGGGGAGGAGCUCCUCGCGGCCGAGGGCAGCCCGCAAAUAGAGGCACGGGAAACAUUGCCCGUACAGGAAGAGGAGGCGGGCGGACCACGGCUGCGCAAGAUAAAACCGUCUGGGUGCAACUGGUUCAGCAUCUUCGCAAGGAGAAUCUGCUGCCUGGUUGUAUCUUCGUCUUUUCCAAGAAGAGAUGUGAGCAGAAUGCUGACUCCCUGUCCAACCAAGAUUUCUCUACUGCCUCGGAGAAGAGUUUGAUUCACAUGUUCAUCGAGAAAUCCCUCACAAGACUCAAGCCAGAGGACCGAACCCUGCCGCAGAUUCUUCGUCUUCGAGAAUUGUUGAGUAGAGGUAUCGCGGUCCAUCAUGGCGGUCUACUGCCGAUCAUGAAAGAGAUCGUCGAGAUUCUGUUUGCUAAAUCACUGGUCAAAGUUCUCUUUGCCACGGAGACAUUUGCUAUGGGACUCAACCUGCCUACCCGCACGGUAGUCUUCUCCGGAUUCCGCAAACAUGAUGGCAAAGGAUUCCGAGACCUGCUACCUGGAGAGUAUACCCAAAUGGCUGGACGUGCCGGACGGAGAGGUCUUGACACUGUUGGCUACGUCAUCAUCGUCAAUUCAGGCAGAGAUGAAGCCCCCCCGGCUGGUGCUCUGAGAAGGAUGAUUCUUGGUGAUCCGACCAAACUGCGGUCUCAAUUCAGGCUUACAUACAAUAUGAUCCUGAACCUCCUGCGCGUGGAGGCGCUGAAGAUUGAAGAAAUGAUCAAACGAAGCUUUAGUGAGAAUGCUACCCAGGCUCUGCUCCCGGAGCAUGAAAAGCAGGUGCAGCUUUCAGAGGCCAGCUUGGCUAAAAUCAAACGAGAGCCUUGUGACAUAUGUGAUAUCGAUCUCGCUGCCUGCCAUGCCGCGGCUAUCGAAUAUGAGAAGCUUACUAGUGAGCUCCACGUUGGCCUUCUUUCGUCCCCUGUCGGAAAGCGCCUCUUUGUACCGAAGCGAUUGAUCGUAUACAGAAAGGAGGGCUUCCGGACUGCGGGUGUCAUUGUCCGCGAGGGAGUUACAGGUGGCCAGGCGCCUAGCAUACAAGUUCUUGAAAUUGGAAGGAUAGGAAACAGGCGCCAUCCCAGCGAUAUCCUUCCCUUCCUCCCAAGAUUCAAGCACCUCCUUCAAUCUUUGCCAACACGUGCUGCCGAUAUGGCGCUAAAAUCGUACAAGGUGCCCCUUCUAGACCUAGAAUGCGUCACGAAUACGUUGAUCAAACUUGGCGGCCCGAUAUGGUAUCUUAACAUCAAGAAGGAGGCGAUCAAGUUUGCAGACAAGGAACUAUCGAAAUAUUGUGCCUCAUGGACAAGUUCAGUCUGGGAUGAAAUGGAUUGGGCCCGCAUCAAAGAGUUACAAGUCCGAGACAUACUAGAGAAGCGACAGGCGCAGGCCUCUAUUGCCCAAUCUUGCAAAUGCCUGCAGUGCCCCAGCUUCUUGAAACACUUUGAAAUGCAACACGAUGAGUGGCAGGUCAAGGAGAACAUUUCGCAAUUGAAACAGCUAAUGUCCGACCAAAACCUUGCCCUGCUGCCUGAUUAUGAGCAGCGUAUCCAGGUGCUGAAAGAUCUAGGCUUCGUGGAUGAGCAGUCUCGCGUGCAGCUGAAAGGAAAGGUGGCAUGUGAGAUCCACUCAGCCGACGAGCUUGUUCUGACCGAGCUGAUCCUCGAGAACGUUCUGGCCGAAUAUGAGCCCGAGGAAAUCGUUGCAUUGCUGUCUGCAUUUGUCUUCCAGGAGAAGACGGAGAACGUUCCCACCUUGACUCCUCGCCUGGAAAAGGGCAAGGAGGCCAUUGUCAGGAUAUCCGACCGGGUGAACGACUACCAAAUACAACACCAGGUGAUCCAAACUAGUGAGGACAGCAACGAUUUCGCUAGCCAGCCGCGGUUUGGUCUGGCCGAGGUUGUCUACGAAUGGGCGAAGGGAAUGUCAUUCAACCGCAUCACCGACCUGACGGAUGUGAUGGAAGGCACCAUUGUACGGACGAUUACUCGCUUGGACGAGACCUGUCGCGAAGUGAAAAAUGCGGCCAAGCUGGUUGGUGAUCCGACCUUGUAUACGAAGAUGCAGCAGGCACAGGAGCAGAUCAAGAGAGAUGUGAUUUUUGCUGCGUCGCUGUACAUGUGAAGGGGCCAUGGAAGGCAGGGCAACUGGCCAGUGCUGGAUGGGCGGUGGUUCUGGGGCGAGGGGAAGGGAAGAUCCCACGUGGGGAAUGUUUUUUUUUCCUUUUUUUGUUUCUUUCUGUGCCCGAGACGGAUGAAUGGAGCACGCAUGUCAAAUAACGGACCCUCCGACUUGAUUCAAUCAAUAGAC